AUGGUGUCCCCAGCCAUAGCCUUGGCCUUCAUCCCGUUCAUCAUCACCCUCAUCAUCCGCUACCGCCAUUAUUUCCUGCUCUUCUACCGAGCCGUGAUGGUGCGCAGGAUCCAGGACUAUCUGACCGGCAUGCCACGCGAGGAGCGGGCCUUCCAGUACGUCAUGCUCCACGCCAUCCCCGGAGACCCCCAGCACGUGCUCAACACCUUCGACCAGUACUGCCUGCACUGUGAGCACCUCAGCAACAUCGGACCUCAGAAAGGGAAGACCCUGGAUCGUCUGGUCUAUGAGAACGCGCCCCUCAAUGUGCUGGAACUGGGCACAUACUGCGGCUACGCCACCAUCAUCAUCGCCCAGGCCCUGCCACUGGGGGCCCGCCUCUACACCGUGGACUACAACCCCAGGAAGGCUGCCGUGGCUGAGAAGGUGAUCCGAUUGGCUGGCUUCGAUGAUGACACGGUGGAGCUCCUGGUGGGUCCCUCGGAUGAAGUCAUCCCGCAGCUAAAGGACAAGCAUGGGGUGCAGACGUUGGAUUUCAUCUUCAUGGAUCACGGGAAGCGAUGCUACCUGCGGGACCUCCAGCUGCUGGAAGAGGUGGGGCUCCUGCAGGAGGGGACCAUCAUCCUGGCGGACAACGUGCUGUUCCCGGGGGCCCCCCAUUUCAUGCAGUAUGUGAAGAGCUCCGGGAAGUUCCAGUGCAAGAUGCACCGCGGCCACCUGGAGUACUUCCGCUACAUCCGGGACGGCAUGGCGGAGCUGACAUACUCCAAGCUGCUCUGA